AUGAAUAAUGCUAAUAUAUCGAGCUUUAGAAGAAAUAUUCAAUUUGAUAUUGGUGUGGGACGAAGUGAAUUGGUGAAUUUAUUGAAGCAAGAAAUAGAAGAAGAAUCACAAAUUGGUGAAGAAUCAAAAGAAGAUUUCUUAAAAACAGAUAUAGAUGAGUGA